AGACUCGCUUUCCCAGCGUGUCCCGCGGCGGGUUCGGAGGGGCGGGGCUCCGGCGGGGGCUCUUGGAGGGGCGCACGGAGUUGGGAACGUCUGCAGAGAGCCAGGAGCCAACAAAUCAUCUCAGCGCCUAAAUGAGGCAUUAAGUCUGAUCUGUUGCUGUUGGACUGAAACUUCACUGGGAAUCCCUCCUGAUAGAAAUGGCAGAAAAAGUGAAUAACUUCCCACCGCUCCCCAAGUUCAUCCCUCUGAAACCAUGUUUCUACCAGAACUUCGCUGAUGAAAUUCCUAUCGAUUAUCAGUCUCUGGUGAAGAGAAUCUACCACGUAUGGAUCUUUUACUGCAUCACGCUGGUAGUGAACGUCAUCGCGUGCCUGGCGUGGUGGAUCGGAGGAGGCUACGGCGUCAAUUUUGGGUUGGCCAUCCUCUGGCUGAUCCUCUUCAGUCCCUGCGGCUACAUCUGCUGGUUCCGACCUGCGUACAAAGCCUUUCGAUCGGACAGCUCGUUCAAUUUUAUGGCCUUUUUCUUCAUCUUCGGCGCACAGUUUAUCCUUGCCAUCCUGCAGGCAAUUGGUUUCUCGGGAUGGGGAGCUUGCGGAUGGUUGGCAGCCGUUACUUUCUUUAGCACCAACGUUGCAGCUGCUGUGUUCAUGCUGUUUCCUGCCAUUAUGUUUACGAUGUCAGCGGUCGCGAUGCUCAUCUGCAUUGUGAGGGUACAUAAAAUCUACCGAGGGGCUGGUGGAAGCUUUCAGAAGGCUCAGGACGAGUGGAACAGCGGCACAUGGAGGAAUCCCCCCAGCAGGGAGGCCCAGUACAACAAUUUUUCUGGGAACAGCCUGCCAGAGUAUCCCACAGUGCCCAGUUAUCCCCCGGGAAACCAAUGGCCUUAAGCAGCAAGAGCUGCAAACUGCCUGGAUUCUCUUCUUUUUGGUCUUUUUAUUAUUGUUAUUUGAAAAGAUCGUUUGCAUUCCCCCCCCCAAGCACCCCAGCCAUCUUUGGGGGCUUCUUGUUUGUUGUCUCCCCUUCACCGCAGAAGAUCUGUGCUGUCAGCCUUUGCCACCUCCAGAGCACUGCACGGCCUUAUCGGAAAGCGCUUUCUUUGCGUUGAGUUACCAGUAUUUGCUUCGUUGCAGACUGAGGAACCAACCGUUCACUGCCCUUGUCUAAGGGAAUCCUCUUCUUGACUGUAGGUGAAAAGGGCUUGACUUCCCCACCAUGGCAAACACUACGAUCGCUCCUUCUCCUGCCUCCUGCUUGGUCUCCAUCAGCUGCACAGCGCGCCGAGUUGGCUGUCACAAACGCAAUCAGAGCAUUUGUAGCAACCAGUGUUUACUCUCCUGGAUGAAGAAUCUGGAAUUUUUCACUCUAAGGGAAACACAACACCUAAAUUAUUCGGUACUAGAGAUAUCAAAGGUAUCUGUAAAAUAACCUCCUUUGCUUGCAUUCUCUGGUGAAGAACCCUUUAGGUAACGGUGCUUGUUGUGCAGGUGUCACGUCCACAAGAGUCCUCGUUUGCCUGGCUAGGACUGUUGUUCUGCUAGAAGCCUUGCUUUCCCUGCUGCCAAAAGUUUGUGCCAGAUCUGUGUGCUUCAAAGGUGCAGAGUCAUCUCAUUUGGUUAAUGAUCGCUCAUAAAGCCUGAUUCAAAGCCCACUGGAAACGGUUGGCAAACUGGCUGACGUUGGGCUUUGGACCUUGCUGCUGGGGUGACGUUUGCCCUGUAACAGGUAGGCAGCACGAGAUCUCUCUGCCAUCUAAAUUCCAUUUCUGUGGCAUCCAGGUUUUGUGGUGACCCGAGGAAUGCCUUGCAGGACACACCUUGCCCUGCUGGGUUGGUCUCUUUUCUGGGCUCCCAGCCAGCAGCCAGGUGCAGAUAACUAUUGAUCUCAGCGCUGGGGCCCCAGUGCGGUUUGGGAUUUGUAAUUACGUUACAAUGAACAGUUUCAGUUCUACCAGGGUGGUUGAAAUCCAAAUAUUGAGCACUGGGGUCUGGUUAGUGGAAAGCUCGUUACUCUUCCUGCCUGACGUUAGCUCGCAGACCUGGUGGAGCCAGAAGCAUUUCCUUCCAGGUACGAGCAAGGAAAGAGAGAUUCUUCCUUUUCUCCAAGAAACAGCUCAAGAGAGGAUAGUGCUGUUGGGAGGGAUUGUUUUCCCUGAGAGCUAGCAUCUCUCUCAUUGUUCAUCUCCGUUCCGUGCAUGCACAUCAGGACUCGUGUAGCCUGAGCCAUCCAAUUCCCAUGUCCUGCAGCAAAGGCUGUGUUUUUUUCCUUCUCCUGCUGUGAACAGCCUGCUGUGAAUUUUGUCCAACCUGGGAGGCCAGUUCCCAAUAUUUUUAUAGGGAGUGAGUGUUGAAAGUCUUCAGUUCUGAAAGUUUCAGCUGAUGACCCUGUGAAGGACGGAGUGCUCCGCUGCAGAGACUUGGGCACUCCAUGGGUCAGAGCUGGAACCUGUCCGGCUUAGGCUCUCAGAUGAAAUAGAGAUGUUGUGGUGUAAGCAGGAUCACUCCAAAUUCACACUGAGUAACUGGAAAACAAAACUGGCUCUUGGAAAGGAGCAAAGAGUUUGUCCUAGCUAGGGGGAAUUGAUUUGCAAGGGAUCUUUUGAAAACUGCCUCUAUAUGUGCCUUAACUAAUAAAGUAAUCAUUCACGAAGGAGAACUCCUUCCCCGUUGCCCCCGCAGAACUUCCCAUUUGCUCGAUUAACUUUUCCUGCCUCAUACUGUAAAUAGAGCGCAGCACAGCUUGAAGUCUGCAUGGCACCUUUAUCACGAGGGCCAAAGUAAAAGCAAACUCGAAGCAGAGGGCAGAGCCUCCCUGAGUUUCUGUUUACAGGCAAUGCUGAUGCCCUGCUGCCAAACCGGCUUUUUCCUGGGUCCGGGAUAUUUAACGUGCCCCAAACAUGAGGGUUUUUUGCCUUGCAAGUGUGCAAUGUGCUUGUAAGUACGAUCGCUUGAAGUCUUCUUAACAGAACAUCGCAUUGUCAAGCUUUUAGGUGCCUUUGUCUUGUGUCAAGUGUAAUUUUAAGUGUUCUUUGUUGCUUGCCAUCAGAGAGCGAUAAGAGAACUGCCUGUCGAUUAACUCCCUGGGAAUACGAUUGCACUACGAGGGAGUGAGGGGAGGUUAAGGGGGCCAAAUGCAAGGCUGGCCUCACUUGGAAGCCAGGACAUGGUGCGCCCAUGGACUACGCUCCCUCCAGCUCCUUGCCAGCCGCAGCCUCUUGCCAAAAUUUUCCAAAGGGGAUUGGUAUCUCUUUUUUUUUUUGUGUGUGUGUGUGUCAGUUUAGCAAUUUCAGCAAAGAAAUUGAGAGGAGAAGCAUUGCUGGGGACUCGAUGCUCUAGUUCUGCUUUUUCCCCCUUGGAUAAUAAUGUUUAGAAGUACCCAUGUGGAAAAUGCUUGAUGCAAGGAAAGGGAGGGUGGAGAAGCCUGCUCACCAAAAUAGUUGGACCAGACACUAAAAGCACAGUUGCUGCCCAAGAUCUCUCCAAAGAGUGACCCUCUCUGGACAGGAUCUGAACUUCUCUGGUUGCGAUCUGACCCUCUCUGGACAGGAUUUGACUCUCUCUGGAUGGGAUCUGAUCCUCUCUGGAUGGGAUCUGAUCCUCUCUGGAUGGGAUUUGCCAUCCCUCAUCCUCCCCCCAUCCUCUUUGUUGCCAGAAAACGUAAUUCCAGAAAGUUGACUCAACAUGCUGCCUCAACUACCGUGGCUUAGGUGUUUUGGGUUUUUUUUGCCUCCUCUGUAAGGUUUUUAAAUGUUUACAUUAGAUUUCUAAGACUUCUUAACGCUGUUAACCUGGCCCUGGCUCCCGGUUUUGUUCAGCAUCGUGUGGCGUGUACGUGUGCGAUGUUUCAUGUCACUUGUGGAGCUCUGGUUUUUGUGUUUAUCCUCAUGAUCACAAGACAAUAAAUGCUCAUCCUGUGCUUGAUGAGAAGA